CGCGAAAUUUCCUUCGGCACCUGCGCAACAAUAUAACCACCACAACAAAGAAAACAAACAGACUAAUGAGUAGUUUAGAUUCCAAACAAACAACCGGCUACUAUAUACACGAUGUUGACGAAACGAUCUCGUCAAUAAUAUUAAUUCAAUUCAGCGCUGGCACUCGCACUAAAUACUACUUGUGCCGUCGUGCAUUGUGCCUGACGAAGGUUCGUAAGGUUCGUCAUCGCAAGCAAAUUCUCGCCUCAGACUUUAGACGACCAAGUGACUACCGACAAGUCCGGCACAGGCUGGGCCCCACAGGUCGUUACGACGGUGGAGAUGGCGGUGGAAGGGUGCCUGUGUCUCCCCAGCUAUCUCCUUCCCCAGCCCCCUGCAAAAACAAUUGUCUGGUUUUAGUAAUAAUGGCUUUGAAACAUUCUUGUCGCGCCGAUCGGUAACCAUUUUUAGCUGCUGUUGAUUUUGUAGGCAAAACCUCUGUAUGACGCGCAAUAAAUCCUGUAAUCACCAAACUCAAACUCAGAGUUUUUUUGUUGGUUUCGUUGGUACC